CUCCAAUGUCCACAGCCAAACGCCUCAUCUCCCGCACCUGCCACGCCUCCUGGGACGACAUGCUCCCCCACACCCUCUGCAUCACCUCCAUGGGCCCGUACCGCACCAGCUCCACCCCACAGCCGUGGGUGAGGAAAACGUCCCGCGUCCUAGACGUGGUUCUGACGCGCCUCCGCCUGGGCCACACGACACUCGGCGCUCACCUCCACCGCCUGGCCUACCCCCGACCCUCACUGCCCCAGGGUGCAGGACCGUCGAGGAGACUAUUGAGCACCUCCUGCUGCACUGCCCCCUUUUCCACUCCCAGCGAGUGUUUCUACGACACCAACUCCACUCCCUGGACGUGCCCACCUUCGGCCUGACCACACUGCUGGCGGCGGCAGACGUCCACCCCUCACGGCAGGAAUCUGUCAUCCGCCUUACCUGUGCCUUCCUCAGGAAGACGGGGCGGCUGACGCGCCUGUGAGGCCCUCACAGGACGACACCUGAAAAGAAGAAAAGUGGAGCAUAUAACUCAUGAGUUGGAAAAGAAGGGAGGAACGUAGAGGCACACCCACUCAAAAGUAGACUGGGAAUAGAUAAAUCACUAAGGCAAAACCGUCUGUCUGUCAGAUAGGGGGCAGGGCUACACCGUGUGCUAAGGACAUGGGAGACAGGAAUGACAGCCGGGCAACCGCAGUUGCUCCUAGUUCCAACGGUUGGAAAAAAAUACCCAGUGUGACACCGCCUUCAGACCAUGUUGUACACUCGCAGAGGUAGCACCCGCAUGCUCCGCUUAUGCUUGGAGAUGAGAAACGCUGUGCCCAGGUGGCUGUGGAAAGCAUCAUCACAUGGGGGGAAGCAGUUGGAGUAGCAGACCUCCCUCAAGACCUAGCUCGGUCCAUCGCAGCAGAUGUCACUUACAGGCUUCGACAGACCCUCAGUGUGUGUGGACAGUUCCUAAGACACAGCAAGAGGCGCAGACUUACUCCAGAUGAUGUUAAUCAAGCUCUCAUGUGGAUGGACAUCCCUUCUGUCAAUGGGUACACAAGCAGUGAGCCAACGGAGUGGCAAGCAGUGCCAGAGGUUGGGGUGCACAUCCCUCAUGAUCCCACAGUCAACUUGGCAAGCACGGGCCUCAGUGGAGAUAUAUUUCACCAGCCCGGCAGCCCAUGUGUUAGAGGAGAAUGGGCCUAUAUCAGUGGACACACCAUAGUUAAGGGAGAAGGUAGUGGAGACUCCAUUCCUGCCCCACUAUCCCUCUCUUCAGACCACCAACAGUAUUAUCAGACACUGUUCACUGUUAUUGCUGGACCAUCAAAUGACCUCUUCAAAAUGAUGUGUGAGGAUGUGGCCUCUAACCCUGGUGUGAAUGGCAUGGUGGGCUACAUAGUGGGAGGAGUGAUGCGCGGGGCUCACAAAGCAAGACAGAAGCCUUGCAUCCUUCGUCGACUGCUCCUAAUAGUGCAGGCACUCCUACUUAACUCCAACAUUCAUCUGGGGCCACAGAAUUAUAUGCGUGACAUAAUCAACGUGCUUGUAUACUGCAUCAUCAUUGAGCGGAAGUCGCCACAAGACACCCAGAUGAUUCGGAGCUUGGCCUGCAAUGUACUCCUUCAGGUAGUGUCACGGGAACCUGGCUGUCGUGUGACAUGGGAAGGGGUGGUGAGCAGUCUGGGUGGAGUGGUGGCCAGUAGCAGCAGACCCUGGGGACAACAUGUGGGAGCAUUGAUUGGCCUUCUCACCUUGGGCUGCCCUGCACUUCUCCACAGCCUCACUCCCAUAGCUCGAUCAUACCACAACCGCCUGGCCCAUGCUAUUGCUCAGGCAUCCAGCCCCAGCACCCGAGAUGCCCUAGACGCACACACUGCCAAAUGCUUUCUUCUGGCUGGACUUGUUAAUGUCAUGAAAAGCUAUGUAAAAAGUCUCCCAGACAACAUGGUCAUGUUUGCAUCAUCCAAAGAAUCUGCACCAUCUCCAGCUCAGUCAUCCAGUGGUAUGGGUGAUGAACAGGUACCCUUUGAACAAGUGCAAGAAAUCUACAACCUAGGGGAGGAGGCAUAUGGGUCAGCCUUUAUUACUCAGGUGCCAACAGUGUACCUUUGUUGCACCCCUAAUCAUGUUCCAAGCUUUUUGCAGUCAUCUGUGUAUAGGGACCAAGCCAUCUCUGGGGAUGCUCUUCUCAAUCCCCCACCAGCCAGGCGACCCAAGCACAAAGCUUCAACUCCACACCACCACCACCAGUCCCCUAGCAGAGCUAAGGGAAGGAGGAGCCACCAGCCUAUUGCACCAUCACAGGUCUUUGAGGGGUACAGGAGCCUACCAGAAAAAUCUUGUAUCCAAGUCAAUAUUGGAGGAUGUCCCACCAAGAACUUGAACAAGCUGAAGAGGAGAGAAUGUUCUCUACCAACAGUUGUGCCACACCCACACCGACCCCUCCUCUCCCGCUAUUGUGCACGCCUCACUGGCUGUAUGCCUCACAACACUUUCACAAAGCCCCUGCAUGCUCCACUAAGAUCUGGACCCUCCUUACAGUACCUCAUUUUGUAAGUUAAGCCAUUAUCAUCAUCAUCUCCCAUUGUUAAUUUUCUGCAGAAGAAAGGCCUUUCCAAAUACCCUCCUCCUCUCUUUCUGUUGUUAGCAUACCCUAUCUUCCAUAUUAUUAUUAUGAAUUUAAAUAUGCUAUCAGCUGAUCAACUAACAAUAAAUACAGUGCACAAUAAAUUACAUGGACAAAUUGGAAGUUAUAUUUAUAUUAUUAAUAGUGUACUCUCCCAAUUUGUAAAUGUGAAGCAAUUCACUGUACACAUUUGUGUUAGUUGUCAAGAUAAACUUUAACCCUUAAACGACGGCCAUCAUUUAUUUAAUCAAACAGCGUGGUCCACACAGAUGGCCAUCGUUUAUUUAAUUAAACACAGCGUGGUCCACACAGAUGGCCAUCGUUUAUUUAAUUAAACACAGCGUGGUCCACACAGAUGGCCAUCGUUUGUUUAAUCAGACUCUUUUGCUCAAAUUUGACGGAUUCUGUGACUUGCCGAGUUGUCUGCCAGCAUAUCUGAUCCUCGUGGAAUUGACGUAAGAUCAUUAGUCCUCAUUGAGCAGUCCUGGGACCCUAAGAUAAGAAAACCCAGUGACACAUCAGGAGGAAAGGAUGGGAUAGAGAGUGAAGAUUAUUCUGAGUACAGGUAACUCGCGAUUUAUGCGAGUAUUAUGUCCCUGAAGAGGUCGCGUAAAUCAAAAACAAUGUAAAUCAAACAAGAGGUAGGUUUCUAUCGAAAAAUAAAUAUUCACUUCAUUCGGUGGAGAGAGAGAGAGAGAGAAUAUCCAUAUCACUGAGAUAUCCACUCAGGCACUCAGUCUCAGCCUCACUCGUGUGAAGAAGAAAUGAGGGACACCAUGAGCCACUGGCUAGUAUUGGUACCGGUACCAAGCAGUCUAGUACCAGUACCGUACCGUAUAGCUGGUACCGGUACCUGCCCACCCCUAUAUAAUGUUGAGUAGCGUGGCAGCGUGGGUACUGUAUUGUUGUUCAGUGUCGCGUGGGAAGAAUUGAGCUCAGCUGUGUGGCCGCGGCGCUGUGUGGCCGCGGCGCCGUGUGAGUCCAGUUGCGUGAGACAUCUGGUGGCCACUCCAUAAAAUAUCGCGUUUAAGUGAAAAAACGUAAGUUAAACAUUUCUUUGGAUUUUGGACCCCGCAUUAUUUAAAAAACACGUAAACCAAACUCCGUAAAUCGAGUUACCUGUACAAGGAUAACAGUGAUGAAAACAUUGUGAGUAGUGAUGGCAGUAGUGAGUGACCUAGAGAGUGAUGAUGUUAUUUCACCAUCUGUACUGCACUUUAGCCCAGCAAGUGCUUCCAUGACAACAGAACAGGGUAAGAGGGCUACGCAUAAGGCAUUUGUUCCCCCGACUGAAACACCCAGCUCUGAGGUGGACUGAAAGUAAGAGAGUAAAGUAGAUGUCUAAAUUAUUUUGGUGUAAAGAAUAAUUCAUAUUAUUGACAUUGUUGUGAGAGGGAGGAAGUGUGAAGCGUGCCGCCACUGUGGCCAGCCUGUGUUGACACGUGCAUCCUGGGUGAAGGCCCGCCCCGAGCUGUCUGGAGCAGUGUUUCGUGCCAGCAGCUCACACCCUGGCUACAUUUCACAAGCUCAAGCGUGACUAUUACACAACGUAUCGCAAUUUGGAUUUCACCACUGUUUUCAGCGAGUUAAGACGCUUCAUAUAAUGUGAAUAAACAACACAAAAAUA